UGUAAAAGAAGAUCACAACUAUUCACAGAUGGCUUUAACCAUUAUUUUGUUAAGCUUUGCUUUAACGCUCUUCUUCAUACUUGUUUUCCGUAACAUAAACUCCCGUCCAAGCUCAAGGCUUCCACCGGGUAAUACCGGAUGGCCGAUACUCGGAGAAACCUUGAGUUACAUCCCAAAUCCGGCUAAAUUUAUGAGAGAUCGAAUGAAAAUGCACUCCCAUGACAUCUUCCAAACGUCGUUGGCGGGGGAGAAAAUGGCCAUUUUUUGUGGUGCAUUGGGCAACAAGUUCAUUUAUUCAAAUGAAUCAAAAUUCAAGAUGUGGUUACCACGUACAGUUAUAGAUAUCCUAGCUUUGACGAACAUUGAUACUAGCUCCCCACCAUGGAAGCUAUUCGACGAACACCUACAUAAGUUCCUUAGGCUCGAGUCGAUGCAAAAUUACGUGCCAAUUAUGGAUACUAAGGUACGCGAGCAUUUAGAGAUUCAUUGGAUGCCUUUUAACCAAGUAAAAGUUCUACCACUAUCGAAAGAGUUUACUAUAUCCUUUUUUUGCCAUUUGAUUUUGAACAUCUAUGAUAGUGAUCAAGUUAAAGAAUUGGCUACGCCCUACUAUGACUUGGUCAAGGGACUAAUGUCAGUGCCUAUAAAUCUUCCGGGGACCACAUACAACCGUGCUAUAAACGCAUCGAAAUUUAUAAGAGAAAAAUUACUAGAAUUAGUUAGUGAAAGAAAAAAGGUGGUCUUAGCAAAGAAAGAUCAUGUAAAUGUUGAUUUUUUGGGAGGUUUGCUUAGGGCAUCAAUUGAAGGCAGUGACAUUAUAAGUGAAAUGGAGUUAGUUGGCAAGAUUAUAGCACUCUUGUUUGCUGCUUUCCAUACUACAAGCAACACCAUUACAUUCUUAAUGGCUCAUCUUGCUGAAUAUCCUGACGUUUACGAAAAAGUUUUACAAGAACAAUUGGAGAUUGCACAAUCAAAAGAAAAAGGGGAGCUACUAAAUUGGAAGGACAUUCAGAAAAUGAAGUACUCGUGGAAUGUGGUUUGUGAAUCGAUGAGACUUAAGCCACCCGGCCUCGGAGGUUUUAGGGAGGCUUCCACGGACAUCCAUUACGGUGGCUACACAGUUCCAAAGGGUUGGAAGGUUCAUUGGUCAGUUUAUUCAACACACAUGGAUCCGGUACAUUUUCCAGAACCAGAGAAAUUCGACCCAUCACGAUUCGGAGAGAAACAAGGCCGUGGUAUAUAUGUACCUUUUGGAUCAGGACCUCAUAUGUGUUGUGGAAGAGAGUAUGCUCGAAUUAAGGUUCUCAUUUUCCUACAUAACAUAGUAACUCGAUUUAGACUUUCAAAAGCCAACCCAAAUGAAAGGGUAAUCUAUACUCCAGAUCCAGUCUUUGUUAAUGGCCUACGUAUCAACCUUCAUUCUCAAAAGGAAUAAGAAAAGGAUGAUAUGUAGUUAAAAAUGUUUUUCAUUUGAUUGUUGUAAUAGUUUUCUCAAUUAACAUACUCUUUCCUAUGAUUCUCAUAAGAAAAAUGGUAUUAUUAAUCUCAACUUUAUAAAAGUU